AUGAUAGAUAAGAGCAGGAUAAACACUCUUUGGUUCUGUCUAGGUACUGACUUCAGUAUAGACAGCUUACCCCUCCCUCGUAAAGACCAUCAUGAUUGGGCCCUUUUCCAUGAGGAGUCACCAAAAAACAACUACAAACUCUUCCAUGAAGCAACCAUCACCUUAUUCAAUCACACUGCAACAUUUAGCCGCCACUCUCACCUACCACUGACCACUCAGUACCUUGAGGGUGUAGAUGUUCUGAAGUCAUUGAGGUUCAUGAUCCCACUGCAGAUGAAAAACAGCCUGAGGAAGAGGCUUGCACCACUUGUAUACGUGCAGUCUGACUGCAACCCCCCUUCUGAUCGGGACAGCUAUGUGCAUGAGCUGAUGUGCCACAUUGAAGUAGACUCCUACGGGGAAUGUCUGCAUAAUAGAGACCUUCCUCAACAUCUCAGAAAUCCAGCUGCCAUGGAUGAUGAGAACUUUUUAAAAAUACUGGCACAGUACAAGUUCAUUCUUGCUUUUGAAAAUGCUAUUUGUGAAGAUUACAUCACUGAAAAACUCUGGCGGCCGCUGAAGUUGGGAGUGGUACCAGUGUACUUUGGGUCUCCCAGCAUUGUAGACUGGCUUCCUAGUAACAAGAGUGCAAUCCUGGUAUCCAGUUUCUCGCAUCCUCGGGAGCUGGCCCACUACAUCAAAACACUGGAUACAAAUGAUGAAGAAUAUGAGUCCUACCUACAAUGGAAACUGAAAGGGGACAUUUCCAACCCAAGGCUGCUUACAGCAAUGAAGGAACGCAAGUGGGGAGUGCAAGAUAUCACCCAGGACAAUUACAUUGACAUUUUUGAGUGCAUGGUGUGUAACAGAGUGUGGGAAAACAUCAGACGGAAAGAAAAGGGAUGGCUGCCCCAGAGGUGGGAGGCUCAGGUUAACCAUCUGAGCUGCCCUGAA